UUUCAGUUUGAUGUCAGGUAUAGCUGUACAGAGUUGGGAAGAUGCUGCAAUUUGACUUCCUGUGAAAGGUUGCGCGUUUAUUUACGCAGCCUGAUUCUGUGUCAGGACAAACCCAGGGAGAAACACGCCCAUAUGAGGAGCCUGUCAGAAUCCACCCGGGGCUGAAACAACCCACAGCUCGUCCUUGACAGACGAGAAGUAGCCAAGAUGGCGGCCGCCGCAGCGAGAAGCCUAAGCUCCAAUUUGGCUAAAAACCUCCGAGAGAUCCGCCUCCACCUCUGCCAGAGCUCAGCAGCCAGCCAGGGGGCCAGGAACUUUGUGGAGCAGAAGUACGUGGCCCUGAAGAAGGCCAACCCAGACCUUCCCAUCCUGAUCCGGGAAUGUUCUGGAGUCCAGGCCCGGCUCUGGGCCCGAUACGAUUUUGGGAAGGAGAGGAGUGUCUCUGUGGAUAACAUGUCAGCUGAGCAGGUGGCCGCCACCCUGCAGACUCUGGCCCAGUCCAAACAUUAAGCCCCGCCCCCUCUGAGCCAGCUCUACUUUCUCUAUUUUUUCUGUAAAUGUGUUGAUAUGAAUAAAGACUCUUGACUCCA